UAACAAUAAUUAAAAUGUGUUCAAAAAAUUGGUGGUGGAACAAUUCGAAAGUAUUCAUCGUUUUGUUGGGAUUUUUAAGCUUGAAACUGGUUCAUGGUAGUUAUGUGGAAACACAUUAUCCCAAAAGUGUUAUUGAGGAUGCAAAUUUGGAUGCGGCCCAACUUUUGAAGAAGUACCAUUAUCCGGUUGAAAAACACUUCGUGACAACAAAGGAUAACUACAUAUUGGGCAUGCAUCGUCUUCCCAGGCCGGGAGCCCCACCCAUAUUUAUGAUGCACGGGCUAUUGGAUAGUUCAGCCACAUGGAUUAUCAUGGGUCCACAAAAUGCUCCAGCCUAUUAUUUCUAUGACAAUGGCUAUGACGUUUGGUUGGGCAAUUCCCGUGGCAAUCGUUAUUCUCGCAAUCACACCACAAUGGAUCCAGACACCGAUCCGGAAUUUUGGACAUUUAGUUGGCAUGAAAUUGGCAUCCAUGACUUGCCAGCCAUGAUUGAUUAUAUACUCCAGCAGACUGGUUUCAAAAAGAUCGGCUAUUUUGGUCACUCCCAGGGCACCACGACAUUCUGGGUGUUGGCCUCAAUGCACCCAGAAUAUAAUGAGAAAAUCACAAUGAUGCAUGCCUUGGCACCGGUGGCCUUUAUGCGCCAUGUUAAGGCCCCACUGUUGGGCUAUGCCAGGAGUUUUGUUAAAAUGUCCGAGCCACGAAUCAGAGAAUUUAUGCCACGCAAAGAAAUGUUGUGGAGAACAUGUCUGGCAUCGCCAAUUACCGAGGGUACCUGUCUGGAGACCUACUAUCAGGUGGUGGGAAAAGAUGUGGAGACAACAAAUACGACCAUGUUCCCAACAAUUGUGGGUCAUUUUCCGGCUGGCUGCAAUCUCAAACAGAUCAGCCAUUAUAUGCAAUUAAUUGACAGCGAUCGGUUUUGUCAGUUCGAUUAUGGUGCAAAGGAAAAUAUGAAACGUUAUGGUAAAUCUACACCUCCCGACUAUCCGCUGGAGAAGAUCACCGCCAAUGUGGGUCUGUAUUACACGUUGAAUGACUAUUUGUCCAGUGAGGUGGAUGUCAAACGUUUGGCCAAGAUUUUACCAAAUGUAGUGGAGGAUAGUCUCUAUCCUCAUAAGAAAUGGAAUCACAUGACCAUGUUAUGGGGCAUUAAUGCCCGUGAGAUGGCUCAUAAGCGUAUGUUGGAAGUAAUGAAAAAUUACUCUUAUGAAUGAGAGAAU